AUGGAAGACGACGAUGAUUUCUUCUCGGACGAUGGCUUCGACGAUCUGCCUCCCAGUACGUUGUUGCAGCUCGAGCAGAACGCGUAUCUAGCCACGCAGGUGCAACAGCCGGUGCAGUUUGAGCAGACUGCUCAUGCGCCCGACCAGCGAACCACGCCUGUUCCGGCCGUCAACAAGUCUCCGAUUCGAGCACCUGAGCCCCAGUCGAUUCCUGCCAAUACUACUUCAUUGAGACCUCCUGCGCGGUUACACACCGGGCUGACCAACGAUUACGAUGCCCUGGAUGUAGGGGAGCUCGAUGCAGAGGUGGUUGAUGAUGAUACGGGAUUGGCAAUUGCGCUGGAUCAGCCGCCUGCUCUGGCGGGGCAGGCGGUCCCUUUGCGCCAUGAGGACGUCGCAGACGCCAUGGAGAUUGAAGAGGGCAAUCCAUACCAGUCCAGUAUCUAUGAGGCAUAUAAUGCGCUCGAGGAGAAGGUGCGAUUAGAAGAGGAGCGACUAAAACAAAUGACGGAUGAGCUGGCCACCGCUCGGUCGCUAGCUGAGACAAAAGCCGGGGAGAUUGCCAUUAUCCGGUCGAACCAAGCGAAACUGGUUGAGAACUAUGAUCGACAGCUGGCGGCACUACGAAAGGCAAUGGCCGAGGAGGCGGCCAAACACAGGGAGGAAGUGGAGGCAGCGCGAGCUGAGGGCAAGCUACUCGCGACGGAGAAUGCGUUCCUCAAACAGGAUCUUGCCGAGGAGACCAUGCGAAUCAACAGCUUGAAGGCAAAGAGUCGCGCGCCGGACAAUGCGCCGCCACCACCGGUCACGCCCAAGAAGACCCGGGUACUUCCGUUCCGCGAUGGGUUCGACGACGAUGAGAUUAUGGCCGUCUCACCCACCAAGUCCACUCAGUCGAAGCGGAUGACCCCCAUGGGUCCUGGGAAGAAGAAACGGAAGCUGGACCCGGGAAGUCCGACACCGCUACCUUUGAGCCAACAGGUAGAGCCUGCAGCGGAGGCGCUGGAGGAUAUGUUGGAUGAUGCGAUGAUGGAUGAGGAGAUCAUUACUGAGGAGCCCCUCCCCCGAAAGGACGAUCACAAUGCGCAGCUCAUGAAAGCGAUACUCAAUCACAAGACCUACCCAAACGAAGAGACCGAUAUCGAGGUGAUGGCGCGAAUGGCGUUUCCGUCAGAGCCGCAACGGAAGCUGUCCACUAUCUUAUUGGACGAGACGGCGAAACUACACUCAGGAAACUAUGUGGUAGAGUACGCGCAGGUCAUCUCUUCGUUAUGGUCUCGAGCCCUAAAGGAGAAAUUCUUCCCGCCAGUGCCGUUGUUCACAUUGAUCAUGCGCUACCUGUUGACGUUGGAUGGACCGUCAUGCAUCCCGCAUAUGCUUGAAUAUCUGGUGCCAGUGCUGCAGCAAUCGGGAGAUAUCAACGGGGUACCUCGGUUCGAAAAUUCGCCUGUCUCGCGACAGAAUCUCGGCCAGAUACGCCAGACGCCGUUAUCCCAGCUCGAACCUUUGGUUGACUCGACCGAAUCCCUCGGACUGCUUUACCAGAUGGCAUGCACGUGUGUGCAUCGGGAGCGGACGAUGGAGAAGUUCUGGCGAUAUAUGCGCUACGACUUCGUUCUGAUGAUGUUGAAUUGCGCGCAACCGAUCCGGGACAUUAUAUUGAUGCUGAAUCUCCUCGCAACCAGCAUCCGUCCGACAUCCUUUGGGUCCAUCCAGGAGGCCGAGCAAGACCAGUUUGCCAACGAGAACUAUAUAGUAGACCGCGUGGCCAAUCUCCUGAGCGAGAUGCCGCAACUGGAUGAGGGCCAGCCCCCGUACACCGCAGCCGAGAUCUGCACCGUGCGCCUGGAGGCCAUGAAGUUUCUCACGGCGGUGGCGUUCAACCCCGUCGCCCCGGUAAGCGACCACGGGAGCUCUGUCAUCGCUUACCAUCCCACGGUCCUGGCGCGGAUCAUCCGAGCCAUGCACGACGAGCUGGAUGCGCUCUACAACUAUCCACCGGAGCGACAUCUGCAUGCAGCCAUGGUCAACGGCUUGAUGCGCUUAGUCUACGGGGUCGUCCGUCGCCACAAGAAUGUGGAUCUACAAUCGAAACUCUGUCGCGUGGCGGGAGGGAAACAGAAAUUCCUGGUGGUGUUGACCCGGUUGGCUUUCAGCGAGGGACCGAUUCUUGAGGGAGGCAUUGAUGAUGACACCGUGGAGAUGGCCCAUGAGAUCCUGGACGAUGCGGUUAAUCCGCAGGAGGCAGAGGCUCUUUUAGAAAUAUUUCCCAGCGCGAAGCGAGACGAUUGA